AUGUGAAGUUUUAUAGAAGGAGUGGGUUUGAGUGAAAUGAGCAGGAAUAAGGGAGUUAAAGGGUGACUGUGAUGUUUGAGGGGUGUUAAGAAUAGAGUGCAGAGUGUGCCGCAGAGGCCUGAGUUUUUUAAGAAGUUUAAGAAUCCGGAUGAUCCGAGGUUAAUGGAUCUUGUGAAGAGGUUUAAUAAGUAUUCGACGAAUGAUGAGAUUUCAUUGGAACAGUAUAGACGAAUGAUGGGGAUUCUUGGGAAUACUUACUUUACAGAGAGGAUGUUCUCAGCUAUGGAUCAGAACAAGAACAACAAGAUUGACUUAGAGGAGUACAUCACUUACAAUAAUGUCAUUCUGAAUGGGACUAUUUCUGAAAAGCGUGAACAAAAUUUCUCCAUGAUUGACGAUAACACAGAUGCUGUGGUAACGAAGGAAGAGUUUCAGAAAUUCGUUAUCAAUAUUCUUGAUAUGUACUCCAAAGCUGAUCGGGAGAGAAUCGAAUCUAACAAGGGGAUGAUAGAUGAAGUUUUUGAAAAGAUAGUUCCUCCUGGUAAAGCAGAGUUCACCUUCGAUGACUACAUGAAAGCUCUUGAGGAUAAUCCAGACUUGUUCAUCUGGCUUGAGCGUCCAAAAGAAAUGUUAAGUGACAUUUUAAAUAAAGAAGAAGGGAAGUAUUCCAAGAAAUUUGUAGAUGACCUGAUCGACCUAUUCUUCAAAUAUAUCGCUACUACAGAAUUUUCUAUCAGGAAAAUAUUAAGAGCAGUAAAGCAGUUGCAAGGGAAAUCUGACAUUGAAAGUGCCUCAGAGCAAGACAAUUUCUUAUUAAAUUUAACUGAUCCAUCCUUCAAUCGAGGGAGGGGAGGAUACUACGAAGUACUUAAGACAUUAACAAAAGAUGUAAGGAACAAGCCGACCUUAGAAGCCACACUCAGGUUUGACAAAAAGGCGAAAUCUCAAGCUUUCGACCCUGGAAUGAUCAGAAAUAGAGAUAGUGUUGCCUUCACAGAUAUCGAUGAGGGAGGAAACGGUAUUGAAGAGUACGAAGAGUCCCAAGUAAAUGAUGAAAGUGAUGAAGAACUUAAAGAUCAUGAUGAGUCUGUAAUGAGCAGGAGUUCUCUUGCUGGGAAAGCAAAAACUGAACUCGAGAUGCUAAGCAAUAAGUAAAUUAGAAAAGCAAAUUACUUUAAAGCUUAAAAAUGAAAGUGAAGAUCCUUUAGAAAAUAUACAGAAUGUAUCAGAGUCCAUGGUUGAUGUAUGAAGGUCUUUGGAUAUACAACUUCAGGAGAGAAUUGAUAAAGAAACUAACAGAAAAAGUAACAAAGCUCAGAAGCAACCAGUACGAAGCCCUCCUGAGGAGAUUUAUAAGGAAGAAGAUAAUGAAGACGAUUUACCAGAAGAAAGGGAAUUUAUUGAUUUUGGUCAUGAGAGAUUUGACCUGGUUUUUAACAUCAUGCUUGGGAUAAAGAGGUCGAUAGAUUGCCAAUUCUCGUUUGCAUUCCUAAACACUAGAGAUAACGGUUAUGUUGCAAAAUAUGAGUACAAAAAUGAGUGGUUUUCGACUAACAAUUCUGCAUCUAACGAGUUUGUUUUCAUUGAUUAUGCUCCAAAAAUUUUUGAAGACAUUAGAAUCAAAGAUGGAAUUGAGAAUAACCAAUACAUCGAAUCCCUUGGUCCAGAUAACAUCUACAAUUACAUUUGGACAAAUGAUUUCAAGACCUUCACAUCCCUUGUUUCAAGUGGUAAAAGUGGGUCUCUUUUUUACUAUAGUAUGGAUGGGAAGUUCAUGCUGAAGACUAUAGCUCGUGACGAGUUUUACAAAUUAUUAAGCACACUCAAGAAAUACCAUGACCAUUUGUGAAAGUAUCCUGAGUCCUUACUCACACGAUAUUAUGGGCUGUACAAGAUCAAGUAUAAAGAGAGUGGGAUUAAGAGGGAGCAAUACAUUAUCAUCAUGAACAACAUGUUUAGAAAAUUCUCCCCUGGAGUUAAAUACGAUCUUAAAGGUUCGAUACAAGGCAGAAAAACUUCAUUCAAAUAUGGGAAAAUAGAUCCUAAAAUUGCUCUGAAAGACAACGACUGGACAGAGAGAGGAGAGCUAGUCUACUUGAAAGCUCAUGACAAGAGAAAGCUAAUGCAGAUUAUUAAAGCUGACUCUGAUUACUUGGGAGACAACCAGACCUUGGACUACUCUCUUCUUCUUGGAAUUAUAGAUUUAGAUGAUCUUAAAGAGAAAGAUCAAAAUGACCCAGUUUUGCAAUAUGCAAAGACUUACUCUAGAGGACAAAAAGAUCGUGGAAUUUACAUCAGUGACUCUAAGAAACAGAUGUAUAUUGUAGGCAUCAUUGAUACCUUAACUAACUACUCAACUUUGAAGCAACUGGAAUAUUACUUUAAAAGAUGCAAGCAUGGGCAUAAAAUGAGCUGCAUCCCUCCAACAAUGUAUGCUGAACGCUUCUAUGACUUCAUGGUUGAGAAAGUUUUUGGGUAGGUUUUAUUGCAAAAGUUGUUUCAAA